ACUUCGGCCAGUCGAUACCGCGCGCGGGAAGAGCUCGCUGCUUUUCAUGCGAACGUAAUAUAUAUCGGAGUUGAAACAUUUGUGAAAAAUGCCUAAUAUCAUAAACGAGGUGAAACUGGACUUUAAAGACGUACUCUUAAGACCCAAACGGAGUACCCUGAGGAGCAGAAAUGAUGUGGAUCUAUACCGGGAAAUCACGUUCCGGAAUUCCGGACAGACGUACCGGGGCGUCCCAGUCAUGGCCAGCAAUAUGGACACUGUCGGAACCUUUGAAAUGGCCAGGGAACUGUCCAAGCACGGCUUGUUUACGUGCAUUCACAAAUAUUACACGAUAGAGGAAUGGAAGAAAUUCUCAGAAGACUAUCCCGAAUGUUUAGAACAAAUGGCCGCAAGUUCAGGUACAGCAGAGGCCGACUUCGAGCGUCUCACGGAGAUCUUGAACACAGUGAAGGACCUGAAGUUCAUUUGCCUGGACGUCGCUAAUGGGUACUCGCAGCAUUUCGUGGAGUAUGUGAGGCGAGUGCGCGCCGCGUUUCCAAGACACACCAUCAUUGCUGGCAACGUAGUGACAGGCGAAAUGGUUGAAGAGUUAAUAUUGUCCGGAGCUGAUAUUAUUAAGGUGGGCAUCGGCCCAGGCUCGGUGUGUACUACACGUAUCAAGACUGGAGUAGGGUACCCGCAGCUGUCGGCUGUUAUUGAAUGCGCAGACGCCGCUCAUGGGUUGAAGGGACACAUUAUCUCUGACGGCGGCUGCACUUGCCCAGGCGACGUCGCUAAAGCAUUCGGCGCCGGCGCAGACUUCGUGAUGGCGGGCGGCAUGUUCGCCGGACACGACCAGUGCGGCGGCGAGGUGGUCACCACCGCUGACGGGCGAAAGGUGAAACUGUUCUACGGGAUGUCAUCGUCCACGGCGAUGUUGAAGCACUCUGGUGGAGUUGCUGAUUACAGAUCUUCUGAAGGUAAAACAGUAGAAGUGGAGUACAGAGGAGACGUGGGAGCGACGGUGAAGGACAUCCUCGGCGGGCUCCGGUCAGCCUGCACGUACGUCGGGGCAGCGCGCCUGCGCGAACUCACGCGCCGGGCCACCUUCAUCAGGUGCUGCAGGCAGGUCAACGACACCUUCUCUUAAACAGGAGAUAAAAUAGGGGGGGGGGGGUAUUUGCAACGAGUUAUACUGGCACGGCACACUCCACUUCAUCUGAUGACUUUAGUACAUCCAGAUAUAUUAAUGAAGAGCAGUUGCGUAGCAUAGGAUGAGGGGGAAGGAACAUGGCUUCAGGCUGCACAUGAAAAAGUAUUUAAGCAUAGUAGAAAUUGGAGCACUUUUUUGCUGUCGCCCAAAGCCUCAGGCCUGCUAAUACUGCCACAGCACAAAAGGCGGCGGCAAAUUCAGUCGACCCUGGACGGCAGAUACCCACGCUACGCUACUGACGAGCACAAUAUGAUUCUCUCACGUCCAUAGACACAAUGCCCGCCUGUUUGGAACCGGAUAUACCGCUGUGCGAAGAAUGCUUAAAAAAGAGUGCUCAACUAGGCAACGGCUUGGUGUGCCUGGCAUUGCAAAAUCCAUGGAAAGUGGAUGCUGCUUUCCAUCAAGCGGACCGUUUGCUCGAUUGCCUAUUAAUGCAAUAAAGAAAUGCCUUUCUAUAGUCGACGCUAACGUUAUAUAUGAGUAUGAUAUAUCCUAGGCAAAGGCUUAGGAUGUUAAUUCCAUACGUUUUCUCUGUUUUCUUUAGCGUUAACAAUUGUUAACUUCCUCGGCGUAGUUGUACUGCAUACGCGGUCCGGCAGCGCUUUGAGAUCCUGGGUUCGAAUCCCGGGUCGGGCAAAGUGAUAUUUGGGUAUUUCUGAUAUAUCAGCCCGGAGUCUGAAAUUUGUGCUUCAUAUAGCGAUAGGCCUAUAUCACAUCAUGGGACGGAAGACAUUUGGCGAAAAGUGGGUGCCCUGGUUGCGCCUCUGCAUACCCCUUCAGGGAUAAAUGCGUGAUGUAUGUGAUUUUUUUUUGUAAUCGAUUGUAGAAAGGCAUUUUAGUUACGGACCUUCUUUUCGGAAAGUGAUGCAUUUACAAUUACCUAUUGAAUAAGUUAUAAUUAAAAAAGAAACUGUAGAAGAACCGACAACUGCUGAGGUAAAGGAGUUAUUGAGUGGACACCAUAGCUAGGUAGAGUGACGAUUUGCGUAAGAAAUUGGAUGCGACAAUCCAAAAAUCGUGUGAAAUGGCGCGUGUUGGCUGUCCAGCAAUAGACUAAAAUAUAGACUGAUGAUGAUACAAUUGAUUUGGAAUACUAAGUAAAAUACGUUAUAGACUCAGUAUAAGUAUAUCCGGUGUCAAAUUGGCCGGCGUAAUAAUUGUUUCACGACGUGAAAUAAUCUCUCUUCAAUAAAAUCUGGGACUAGAGCAGUAGCGUAGCUUGCCGUGAGGGGCCCUAUAUCUAUAUUUGUUGGGGGCUCUUCAGGGCAGUGCGAACUUUUGGGCGCCUGCAUAGUUUAAUUUAGGUAUGGGCCAAGAAGGAAAGACCUCCGCUAUAAGGUUCAGUUUGCCACAACUUAUACAAACUAGUUAGCCAACAUUUGACACAUAAUAGAUCAUCACGCAAUGACAAUUGGCGAAAUUUCUAAUGUAACAUGAGAUUGUAUCUUCAUCUAUUACGUAAAAUGGACAAAUUCGUAUGCAGGUUGCAAUAUUGCUAAGGAAAGGAAAUAGGGUCCCCUAAGCUCAGGGGCUCGCCUCACCGACAGCUAGCUACGCCCCUGAACUAAUCACCAUGCCGAGCCAGUAUACAAAUAUUGGCCAAAUUAUCUGACCACUAUUCGUUUGCAAAUAUCUAAUAGAUAGAAAUAUUUCUCGUAAUUAAGACUUGUUUAUCUGUACCUCAGGGGAUAUUAAGCGUUAUUUCUUCUUAAAUAUCGGCGGCUUAAAGGUAAAUGUAUUAAGUACAAUUUUUCAAGUUAUGGAAACGACAGACUAAACAGACUUUGGCAAGGACCAUAGUAAAUUAUAAAUCUCUGCUUCAUCCUAAGGUUUACUGGGAGAGAAUACCUACGGCAUUAAAUCCAUCCAUGUACUAAAUUCUAUUGUAAAUGAAGUACAAAUAAAUAACUCGAAUAAACUUUAUUAAAUUGUAUUACACGACAUUUUUUUAUUAUUCAAUAAUUUCCUUUAAAAUGAAAAUUGAAAAUUCGUACUUACCACUUUUAUCAUUAUGCCGACGACGUUCCAACAGGUAAUAUUAAUGCUUAUUAUAUAGAAUCAAAUAUGCAGUUGUUAAAUAACAAAUAAAUAGUACAUGCGUAGAAUGUUCAACUAUUAUCGUCGGCGGCCAGUAAACAUUAUAAGUCAUGUUUUCUUAUUUUUGUGAAGAAUUUUGUUAACUUGCACUUAGCCCUAAUUGUCAAUGGCUCAUAAAUAAUCGCGUUUUACAAACUAGAUACCAUAUUUUAAGUAUUAUUUGCUUUUUCCUCUAAUAGAAAUAUUGACUAAACCAAUUUAACUGGUCACUGACGGUUAAAUUGAAACCUUAUCCACGUGGACCGAAGAACGAUAUUAAAAAUACUAUAUCGUAAAGUAUCUGUGUAAAAUACUUGUGUUCAACGAAAUCCACAAUUAAAUGUAAAAAAAAGGCUUUUGACUCAUUGCUAUAUUUGAUGAUGCAAAGGUGUAACCAAGACAUUAUUAAAAAAUACUGAUUAUACUUAAUUUUUUAAUUAUAUACUUAAUGUCAAUAUUUUAAAACAAUUAUAGAUAUUUGUAAUUUGAAUGACGGAAUUAGACGUCUUCAAUUCUGGAUGGACGUAUAAUCACGUCGGUCACGUGGAAAGUUUACAAUUAUAUCGUUGGAGGUUCAUAACUCCAUUGCUGAGCUAUUUGCAUUAUGAUCACGCACAAUCUUCGAAUAUUAUAACUAUAUAAUCGUCAGUCAAAACUGGGGUAAAAUAAAUAUGUAUUAUAGAGUUUUGAAAUCGAAAUCCUUUUUGUUUAUUUUGUCCAUUGUUUAUAAUUUGAUAACUAAGUUGGCCUGAGAUGCGAUAUAAUUUAAAUAUUUUCGAAACUAUCUGAUUAAAUUGUAUGUAUCAUUGUUAUAAUUAUUUACAAUUUAUGUCAGUUUUGACUAACAUACGUAUUCAUUGUAGUUUGAAUUAAAUCAAUUCGCUGGUGCUAUUUGUUUUUGACAGUUAUACAUGCAGUAGAUGUAGGUAGGCUGGUAUAGCAAUUGUAUGAUAGAGAAUGUUACUUGAACAUGUUCGGUCGAGGUAAUCGUAAAUUGUGUAAGAAUUUUAGUGUUUUUUGAAUUUUUAGAUUAUUAAACUAUUUUUUAUUAAUUAUAUAAAACAUUUAUCGUAAUAAACGUGUUAAAGAAAGGUUAUGUUUAAUUCAAUUUCUUUUAUUUGUUUGUUAUGAGUUUUUUAAGAUACCAUCAAUUUUCUUCACGUAUUAUUAUUAAAAACUUGAGAAUGUAAAUAGAAGUGUAUAACACAGGCUUCAGCCAGUAAGAUUAAAAUAAGACGUACUUGAUUGACGUAAUAUCACGUCAUGUACUUAAUGAAGAGUUUGUUUACUUUAUUUCGUUUUAUCAAUUUGUCGACGUAUGAAAUUGGAUUGCCAUUUUUUCACAACGAAUGUCGCGUUUUAAUUAUUGUUAAGCGAUAUUGAACAUACGUUAUUAAAGAGGCUUUAAGUAAUAUCAUCAUAUCCUAUAAUCUUUCCCUUUAUAACACUAUAACAAAUAUAUUAGCACAAUUUUAUUUAUUUAGUAUUAAUGAAUGUAAAGAUCUUGAACUUAAAACACUUUGAUACUCAUUAUAAAUCUUUGUACUUUAAAUUUACAGUGUUUUAUUGUAAUUAACUAGCUAAUGAAGAGAGUUUAAAUUGUUCAGUUUAUAUUUUCUUCACGUGCAUUGCAAUUUUGGCAUCUGUUGUAUGUUGUUAAAAACAUUGUAGCUAUAUCACUAAGCCUACAAAUCGAUGGUUCACUAUUACAAGGUUCUAUUUUAUUGCACAAAUUGAAUUAAGUAUAGAUAACAAAUAAUUCUUUGCUUUUUUUCAGUAAAUGUUUCCAAUAAUGAUUAAAAAUAAAAAAGGAGCCUGGACAUAUUGUUAAUUUGUUUUUUCGUUUAGUAAAUAUUUUCAAUAACCUUAAAGGAUAAAUAAAUAGCGAACCGUGACUUGUCUUCUCAAUUUUUUUACAAACAUGGACUUUUUAUUUCUUUUUUUCUGACAUAAGUAAAAAUUAUCAUAGGAUUUUAUCGUAGUCGUUGAUGUCUCAUCCUCUCCCAGUGGCCAUCCUGAGCCGAAGUUCGUAACUAGUUAGUGGGUUGCCCUCAGCAUGGUUGCUUAAUUAACAAGGGUUGGAAGCACCUCAAGAGCUUACCUAAAAUUUCGAUGUGUUUGUAUAAGCCGACCCUUGUCAGGCUAACAAACGUAAGAACAAAAUAAAAUCCUUGUAAUAGUAAGCUAGCAAAAUGCAAUGCCAUAAGCAUUAAACAUGUACUUAAAAUACGUAUUUCCUAUUCAAUCAAAAAAUAUUUAUAUUCAAAUUUAAUAUACUUAAUUAAACCAGUAAAAUGGAGUACGCAUAUUAAGAAUAUAUACUUACAUUUGAUUAAAUCAGUAAAAUGGAAUAUUAUGCCGCUGUUACUGGUUUGACGUAACGUGACGUCCGCAUAAAAGGCUUUUUUAUUGUUUUACAACCAUUUUGAAUAAACUAUUCCAAUUGCUUUUUUCGAUUUAUAUCAAAGAUGGACCAAUUAAAACAGUUUUUUUUUAAAACAAAUGACUUACUUUGAUUGGUUCAUUCUCUAAGUCGGAUUGAAGAUUGAGAUUGGAAUCGUUGAUUUUAACGGCUUUUAAACAUACAAAUUUUUAAAAAUAGAAUCCUUUUCAACU